UUUAUUUACUGUACAGGCGAUGUUUUAAGACAUAUUUGAAUAUUUUUAUUUAUUUUUUUUUUUUUUUGCUGUCAUACAAAGUUCGUAAAACCGUAAAAUAAUGUCGAACUACGCGAGAAAAAAAAUUCAUUGUAUUUUUCAUAUUGCAAUCUUUUUUAAUUAUUAUUAUUAUUUUUUUUGCCUUCACCGGUGAACUUGUGUGGCGGCAAAGAAAACUCAAAACACACUUGCGGAGUGAAAUCCUGCCUGCCCGGCUGUCGCUUUACGAAAUUUGUUUAAUAUCGGAGGUUUGCUUGACACGAGGCAACAUUUUGUUCCCGCCGCAACUUUUGGGGGUGCUCUGCUGACAUUCCGUCGUCCUGGAAUUUAUGUCCAGCAACGACAUUCCUGUUUUGUUUCUUUGUGAUAAAAUCAAGAGAGAAGAAGUGCGGUCGGCCUUUUCGGGGAGGUGGAAGCGUUGAGCAGGAGGGAAGGCGGUGGCGAGGGUGGGUGUGAGUCACAUGGGAAGCAGUCAGGGUGCUGUCACAUGGUUCGUGUUUGCAAGCCGAGGCUGAAAAAAAACAACAAAAAAAAAAAAAGGCAAAGCUUGCGUGCUGUGCUGUUCCUCUUUUUAAAACUCUCAGACAGGUUUGAGCCCUGCUGCUUGUUAUGGAAAUUCCUGCCAUCAAUCUGAAGGCCAUCGUUUUGGUGCACUGGCUGCUGACAGUUUGGUGAGUGAACACGUUUUUCUUCACAAACUUGAGGAAUGACCUCCAAUAGGUCACGGAGCAUGCGCACGUUUGCCUGCGAUGUGUACGCAUCUGUGUGUGUGUGUGUGUGUGUGGGCAGGGGCUGCAUGGCGUGGCUGCCCACCUCCUUCGCCUGGGGCAACUUCAGCGUCCUGGCGGUGGGCGUGUGGGCCAUCGCUCACAGGGACUCCGUCGACGCCGUGCUGAUGUUUCUGAUCGGGAUGGCCGUGAGCGUCCUGACCGACAUCGUCCACUUUGGCAUCUAUUACCCGCUGAGCGAGCUGGCGUCGGAAAAGGGCCGCGACGUGUUCCGCUUCAGCGCCGGCAUGGCCAUCCUCAGCCUGCUGCUCAAGCCCGCCUCCUGCUUCUUCGUCUACCAGAUGUACCGCGAGCGAGGAGGAGAUUACGUCAACUUUGGUUUCCCCUCCAUGAGCCGAAACCGAGAAGCGUACCAGUCCAUCGACCCCCAGCAGGGCGCGUCCACCAGUGCCGCCAACCCCUUCAACCAGGCGCAGGACACCAAGACGGCGCGAGCCUACUGAUGGCCUCCGCCAACCGGAACACGUGCACUUCUACCACCCGUCCGCUGGAUUAUUAUUAUUGUUAUUAAUUUCAUUUUUAAACGUUUUCAAAGUGAGACAAACGUUUUUUUUUUCCCCAAUAUUGUUCAUUGUCAGUUGCAUUUUUAAAAUAUAUGUUGGAGCUAAUUAACAAAUACACAACAUAUAUGAGAAUGUUAGCAUUUUGUUUAUAUCUGAGCAUAAAGUAAAACAGUAAAAAUGGAUAAGUGUCAGCAUUUAGUAUUUAGCACAAAGUCAAACGGUACAAAUGUAUGUCAAGCUUUUUGUUUUCAUAUGAGCACGAAGUAAAACUAAAAAAAAAAAAAAAAAGUUAGCUUUUUGUUUCGUACCUCAGCAAAGUAAAACAGCAAAAAUGAAUCCAAAUGUUAGCCAAAUCAUUUUUUAUAUAAGCACAAAGUAAAACACAACAAAAUGCAAACUGCAUUCUUUUACUUUAUUCGCUUAACAUUGCAUAAACGAGCAUACAGCAAAAAGUGACUAUAGAUACAAAUGUUAGCUUUUUGUUUUUAUAUGAACAUGAAGGAAAAGAGUAAAAGUGGAUACAAAUGUAAUAUUUGUUUUACAUGUGCAUAAAGAUGCUAACACAUGUUAGCAUUCGGUUUUUAUAAUUUACACGUGGAUAAACUAAAAUGGGUAUAAAAGUUACGAUUUGAGCAUAAAGUAAUACAGUAAAAAAUUAUUAUUAUAAAUUAUAACUAACAAACAAACUGCCACAUAUAUUUUUAAAAAGUCCUUGGGAAAGGUAACAAGCGUUUGCAAUUCCUCAGAAUCCAACCAACCGACAAAUAAUGACGAAACAAGAACCAAUGGGAGGUAAGCAGCUCAUUGGUGGAACGGAUGAUCGAUUAUUGGCUGAAAGCCACGGCGGAUUGAUUGGCGUGAGGGCAGAGAGAUGGACGACGAGGAUGUCGAGGUGGGGGGGGGGGGGAGCUUAGUGGAAAGGAGCCGUUGAUUAAUCAGCGCGAUUUAGACACGAGGCCUCGUGUCAAAGUCAAGGACGCACGCGCCGGCGGCUAAUUGGGGCGCCGUGCAAUAACAGGAAGUCAAUUUGUUGCACCCACAGCGACCGUCCCCGCAGAUGUUUUUUUUUGACGAUGUGUUCAGGAACACAAGGAAACACCUCAUUUAGUUACACACAACGUUGCGUUUACAAGCAGUACACGCAAAUGUUAGCAUUUUGUUUAUAUUUGAGCUUUUAGGUAAAACAGUCACACCAAAAAAAAAUGGGCAAAUGUUAGCUUUUUGUUUUCACGAGCAUAGCACGUUUGCAUUUUGUUUUUUUAUACGCGCGUUGAAGAAAAUAGUAAGGUUGGACACGUAGAACGUUUUUUAUGAAGAUAAAGUAAAACAGUAAAGUUUGAUACUAAUGUUAGUAUUUUGUUUUUCAUAUACAAAUACAACCACAAUUCCAAUGAAGUCGGGACGUUGUGUUAAACAUAAAUAAAAACGUCCAUCUUUUCUUUGAAGUUCUACAUCAAAAGACUUCCUUCAACCAUUUGUACGUUUAUUAGGGUUUUCCUUCUCCGCCCAGACAGUAGCAUGUUUUGGGUUCACAACAGACGUCCUGGUCUGCAAAGAGGAUUGUUUUGCUUCUAAUAAGAUAAGGGUACCGGGUGUGAUUCCAAAUAUGGUCAUGAGGAACGGCCAUCUUCCGGGUGCACCCAGGGAGGGGCUAAUUCCACGCCCAGAGAAUUAAACCUUGAUAAACUGAGAUCCAGGGGUUUUCGGGGGCUUUUUCGUUGUUCUGCCAAUGUAAGCAGCUGUUACGACACUAAGGCUUGUUCAAUAAAUCGAAUUAGCCCAAAC